UUUCUUACACUGUGCCUUAACUUCACAGGUACAACAAUAGAACUAGAGUUAGCUACCUAGCCUAAUUCACAAACACAUCCCUCUACCCAGUAGCUUUCUUUUUGUACCAUGGCAAUUGCUAAUUGUGAUGAUAAGAACGCAAAAGCUUUGCAGUUCAUUGAGGAUAUGACCCAAAACACUGACAGUGUCCAAAAGAGGGUCCUUGCUGAGAUUCUGAGCCAAAACGCCAAGACCGAAUACCUGAAACGGUUUGAGCUGAAUGCAGCCACAGACCGUGACACUUUCAAGUCCAAGGUACCUGUCGUUUCAUACGAUGAUUUGAAGCAUGAUAUCCAACGCAUUGCUAAUGGUGACCGCUCUCCUAUCCUAUGCGCUCAUCCAAUUUCCGAGUUUCUCACCAGUUCUGGAACAUCUGCUGGGGAGAGAAAAUUGAUGCCAACAAUUCGUCAAGAGAUGGACCGUCGUCAAUUACUUUACAGCCUUCUGAUGCCUGUGAUGAACCAAUACGUGCCUGAUUUGGAUAAGGGUAAGGCUCUACUCUUCUUGUUCAUCAAAGCCGAGACAAAGACUCCGAGUGGGUUAGUGGCACGUCCAGUGCUAACUAGCCUCUACAAGAGCGACCAAUUCAAGAACAGACCCUACGAUCCAUUCAACGUGUACACAAGCCCAGACGAAGCAAUCCUCUGCCCCGAUUCCUUCCAAAGCAUGUACACCCAAAUGCUGUGCGGCCUCAUCAUGCGCCACCAAGUCCUCAGAGUCGGAGCCGUUUUCGCCUCGGGCCUUCUCCGAGCCAUCCGCUUCCUCCAGCUCAAUUGGGCUGAACUAGCCCACGACAUCUCCACCGGAACCCUAAACCCCAAAAUCUCCGACCUUGCCAUCAAACAACGCAUGACCCAAAUCCUCACACCAAAUCCAGAACUCGCUGAUUUCAUUGUGAAAGAAUGCUCGGGAGAAAACUGGGACCGCAUAAUCACAAGAAUCUGGCCAAACACAAAGUAUCUGGACGUGAUUGUGACCGGUGCCAUGGCGCAGUAUAUUCCGACCCUCGAUUAUUACAGCGGAGGCCUACCUAAAGCUUGCACCAUGUACGCCUCAUCCGAGUGUUACUUUGGGCUUAACCUAAACCCUAUUUGCACCCCCUCUGACGUGUCCUACACCAUCAUGCCAAACAUGGGUUACUUCGAGUUCCUUCCCCACGAAGAAGAUUUAUCUUCUAGCUCUUCAAGCUCCACCUUGUCACGUGACUCGCUCGACCUUGCAGAUCUUGAACUCGGAAAAUCCUACGAGCUCAUCGUCACCACGUACUCCGGUCUGUGCCGUUACCGCGUAGGCGACAUUCUCCAAGUCACGGGGUUCCACAACACCGCCCCACAUUUCAGCUUCGUGAGGAGAAAAAACGUGCUUCUGAGCAUCGACUCCGACAAGACCGACGAAGCGGAGUUACAGAACGCCGUCGAGAACGCCUCCGUGCUGCUGAGGGAGUUCAAGACGAGCGUGGCGGAGUACACGAGCUUCGCCGACACGAAGUCGAUCCCGGGGCACUACGUGAUUUACUGGGAACAUCUAUCUCUAUUCUUUUUAUAAAAGAAAUAAAAAAAAAAUUGACCUUUACACAUUAU